GUGAGAUUGUAUUUAAUAUCUAGGGGGCGCUGUUGCCUCAGUUCUCGCAAAGAAAGUUAUGGUGUUACAUCCUUGUCAUCUGUCAGGGUUGACCAAAAAACACUGCCAGAUGUACGUAAAUGUGAUCUGUAAUGUCUAAUUAAAUGCAUAUAGUGCAGUCAAAAACAAUUCUUUGGGUUUUAAUCUAAGUAUGUAUCAUAGCAUGGAGCAUAAAAGCAAUUAUACAAAAGUUUUUGUUAACGUUUACCUACUUUAAUCCUACAACUAAUGCAGUGUCAGUUCGUGAGUAUAGUCACGUGUUUGCAUAUGAAAGUGUAAUUAAUUGUUUCAUUAUGAAAUACUUCCUAGUGUGCAAGUAAUGCUAAUUAACUGUUGAAAUUAUACUUUACGCAGAGACUGCUGCCGUUGAUGUCCAUUUAAAUAAUGGCAUUGUACGCUUCGCGUGUUGCGAGGCGCCGAAUACUGGUCAUGGUCGGUUACAGACACAUAGGAUCAGAAAAUCUUCCAAACUGUAAAACCAGCUAUGUAGUAUGGUAGAACCGGUAUCUAUACGCAGAGACCUUGGCCAGGUCUUUGACAACGAUGAGUGACAACUCCUCCGAGAAAUCAGUUAAAGUCUAAAUUACAAAUUUUCUAUGAAUGAUCGCUUUAUUUUGUGACUCUGAAGAAGUUCCUUCAGUAUGCAAGGCUAAGGAUAAAUGGUAGUGGUAGAGUUCCACCUUUAAAUUCAGAUAGAUGAUAGCGAUUCUCUAAACACUUAGGGGCUUUUUUGAACCGACUUUUGUUUCCCGUGGGCCCCCAAGGGAGCAAAUUAUCUCUAGUAAAAACAACUUUAAGUAUCCAUCGCUGAUUUCCUAAUCAUUUUACUUUUCACAAGGUUAGUAAGCUCUCUGAGAAAUGUUAAUUUAUUUCCUUCUUCUUGAAUUUUUUAUUUGAGUUUUAUUGUAUCGUAUAAUUAAGCCAGCUAUUUGAUAAUGACGAAUCUCCAUAUGGGUCUAUAUAUUAUUCAAAUGGACCUUUUCGAAUCCCUAGUAAUGCCAGUCCUCAACCGAGCUGCUGAUUCAUUAAUUAGGAAGCGUACUCAGAUGUCAUUGCUGCGUCCAUGUCAACGACACCGUCUGUGACGAUUUCAUACUCUUACAAACAAUGAGAUUUCAGAAUACUGAAUAACUACUUGUUUUCCGGAAUUCCCCGUCCCUAGCGCGGCCCCCACCCGUACCGAUCUCAACUGUUUUACCAUGUCAAAUACAAUUAACAACAGGAAUGCUAAGGGCAGUGCUACUAAUAUAUUUAGUGGAGGCCAGUCCCUUACAAACAUAAAUCACAAAGAUGUUCGUUCAGGUAGUAAUGGAGUUAUUGCCGGUGGACUAAAUCGCUAUGGCAAUAAUCAGCAACCAUUGAGUCCUUCUGAAAGAUACAAAGCUGAGAUUCGAGCGUUUUUGAAGCCGCCUCAAAAUCAAUAUUUUUGUACCUUUUGUUGGCAAGGGUUUGGAUCUGCUGAAGAAAAAACAGCACACAAGCAGUGCAGAAGCCAUAAUCUUCAGUAUCUGAAAAUCAACUACGCCCAGCGGCGUGAUGAGCUAGGAAGGGACAAAUAUGGAGUAACGAUCAGUGCAGAUCCCGAACGAUUUGAGACUAAAAAUACAGGCAGGGUUAGCGGACACCUAGUCGUACACCUUGUCGCCUCGGUCAGUUAUGGAGUUAGGAUUUUAUCAUGCGAUCCCCUUAUACGACUCGAAGGUGUCGAAAUUUGGCAUCCGGCACUUGAUAACGAUGAAGGUAUCCGAAUAUCACCUGGACAAACAGUACGUAUUCAGGUCAAUUUUACGACGUACAUCCCGAUUGAGAUAAGUGUGCCCAUUGGACUGAAAAUGUGCUUCGAUGGCCAACGCUUUUUUUUUAAUAUUGUCAGAGAGAUUACGUUCUUUUCGUCGUGUGAAGAUUUUUCAUCGAAAGCGAUGAUGGGCGAUCACGAUUAUGAAGCGGAAUUCCACAUCAAGGGCUUUAAGACACCUGAAAAGCUUUACAAGUCGCCAGUAAUGAAAACGAAGAGUAUUGUCGAGCUACCUCUGCCGAUCGCCGAAGAAUAUGAAAUACCCAAAAAAUGGCAGCUUCUUCAGAAAUAUCUGAAUGAUUUUCGUCGUCGCGGCGAACCACAAGUGAUGGAUCAGUUUGCUAUGGCUUGCUUUACUGAAAUAAAAAAUUUGCUCAAAGCGCCUUUGAAUGAAGAAAGUUAUAUUACGAAGCUGCAAGUUAUGCUGUACCUUGAGGAAAUGGCUAAAAAAGCUCAAUUGAUGUCGCAAAAUUUAGCUUCUAUAAAGAUCUUUCGCAACACGGCUAAAGAGUAUGAGGUAUAUCUUCCAGGCUUGUCCGAGAAACGUCCUCCUAUCAGGGUUGGGUUUCAGGUAAACGUACGCGAGUUGGUAGAUUCGACAAUCGUUUACCAGGGCGCGUUCACAUCGAUCGGGGAUUCGACGGCACGAUUUUGUAUUAAUUCGAAGUUUGAUAAAGUGUUCCGACCAAGUCACAAGUACUCACUAGAGUUUCAGCUCUGCAGACAUAUGUUCACAAUUAUGCACAAUUCACUUACCGGAGUUAAGGAUAAGGUGGUCGCCAAAAGCGCUUCAUGUCUUUUUCCUAAGCGUGAGUUUUUGAAACUAAAUUCGCCCUUAAUGAAUGACAGAGCUAUAAACGAAAUGACUUUAUACAACAAAGAGAUAAAAGAAAACCCGGAACAAUUUAAAGCGAUCAAGUCUAUCAUCAAAGGUGAACAUCGUCCAGCACCGUUUAUCCUAUUUGGGCCGCCCGGUACAGGAAAGACCUCGACAAUCGUUGAAGCAAUAAUGCAAAUUGUAAUGCAUCAGGCUUCUACACGAAUCCUUGUUUGUGCUUCGUCAAACAGCGCCUGCGAUGUCAUCUGUGACAAGAUACUCAAGCAUAUCAAUCCCGGUCAUAUAUAUCGCUUAUAUUCAGCGAGUUUCGAACAGAAUAAAAUCUCAUCAGACAUACAAGCAAAAAGAUGCCACAAUUACGUGAGCGGAAUUGCACACUUUCCUGCUGAAGAGACGUUACAACAGUAUCGAGUCAUCAGUGCUACUCUAGCCACGACAUGGCGUUUCCAACGGCUUCCAAAACGGUUCUUCAGUCACAUCUUUAUUGAUGAGUGCGGUUUUGCCAUGGAGCCCGAAGCGCUCAUACCCAUCUACACCGCAUUGGGUACUUGGACCGACGAAUGUCAAUGGAAACCGGCUUGCCACCUAAUUCUUGCUGGUGAUAUCCAGCAAUUAGGUCCGGUACUCGCAAGUUCUAUGACCGACAAAUAUUUAUCUAUUUCCUUUAUGGAGCGUCUGAUGAACGACCCGGAUUACCCAUAUCAAAAGCCGUACGACGAGAACUACAUCGUGAAACUUAGGCGAAAUUACCGUUCACAUGAAAGCAUUCUCAAAAUUCCCAAUGAGCUCUUCUACGACAAUGAACUACAAGAGUGUGCGAAUAAGAUGACAUCGCAUAAAUUCAUUCACUGGGAGCAUUUGAUUAAUAAAGAGGUCCCUCUUAUCUUCCACAACUGCGUGUCAGAAGAGCGGCGUGAUCGGUACUCAACUUCGUAUUUCAAUCUCCUAGAAGCAGAAACUGUGUUAAAUUAUGUAAAUACUGUGCUCACAAAGAAAGAUGUACGUGAGUCUGACAUUGGUGUCAUUACUCCGUACGCGGCCCAGGUGAAACGCAUUCGUCACCUUCUCCUUCUCAAAAAGUUUGAAAACAUUAAGGUCGGCACUGUCGAGGAGUUUCAGGGUCAGGAACGUUUGGUAAUCAUCGUAUCAGCCGUCCGCAACUGCAAGGAUCUGUUGCAACAGGACUUGUUACGAAAACUCGGUUUCCUCAAAAAUCCAAAACGUUUCAAUGUCGCCUUGACGCGAGCUAAGGCCCUAUUCAUUUGUAUUGGCAACGCAUCGAUCCUUGAACACGACGUGUGUUGGACAAAAUUUAUUCGGUACGUCGAAAGCCACAAAGCAUGGGCUGGCGUUCCCCCACAAAAUUAACUUGUAAGCAAUCAGUUGAGCGAACUGUCUCUCAGUUAGUCGUCAGUUAGGUCAUGGGGUUCUUCCGUAAGCCAAAGACAUCACGGAGCCUUAUUACCACCAACAAGGGUAACGCCUAAAAACAGACAACAGCAGCUUAAACAAUCUUCUGAAAAGCCAACAUUGCCCGGGCUAUAGUUGCAACCGGAAAAAGGCUAUUCUUUUUUUUUUGUCACUAUACGAGUGAUGAUACGACAACGCGUGAUAUAUACAACGGCAGCGACACAGGACUUUAUCUUUUGGUCGCGGUGGAUUUUACAUUGGUAUUGUAUAUAUAGCGGGUGAUACGUAACCAUUUCUUGCGUGUUCUCCUGUCCUCAACAAAAAAACUUCGUAUGAUGGAUGGGGCAGUAAAAAGGAUAUGCUAAUUUAAAUUUGGCAAGAAUAUCAGUAGUGUGGUUAAUGCAAAUAGAUCAGUACUCGAAUGCCCUCUGAAUUAAAGAAGACAUACAAGGGUUUUAAGUAUAUAUACAUAUAUAUGCUAAAAGAUAAGAAGUGAUUUUACUAUUACUAUUAAUAUAUUAAAUAAUAAUAUUAUAUUAAAUUCGAACAUCAAUAGGUUAUAACAAAGUUAUAAUAAGAAAAAUAUAUCUUACACAUGUAACGACUACACGAUGAUGUUAUAUUGUCGCCAACAGUAAAUUUGUACUGUUGAUGAUUAUCAGUAUUUUAUUUAGCUUUUAAUCUUAUCUUCGAUGUAUUAAAAAUCCUCGACGUACUGUUUCGUCAUAUUUGGCGAAGUCUUCGGAUUUUUUUAUCGCUGACAGUGCACGAUGGUAAUAAAAAACUAUUCAUAAUUUUAUAUUUAAAAGCA